CAUAGAGUUUAAACGGUCGGAGCAGAGCGGUCUCACGUUUCCGGGUGAUUGGCGCGUUGUUUGGUGGGGUUCCGGAGAACGGAAAUCAGGUAGUCGCCGCAAUAAAGAUCCCAGGCGUUGAAGAACUCGGUUGAUGCCGUGGAGGGAGAGACUGCAAGGUUUGAAUACAGACAACAACUGCUGCCAUGUCUAUUGGAGUGCCAAUUAAAGUUCUGCACGAAGCAGAGGGCCACAUUGUGACUUGUGAGACCAAUACAGGGGAAGUCUACCGGGGGAAGCUCAUUGAGGCAGAGGACAAUAUGAACUGCCAGAUGUCAAACAUCACAGUGACCUACAGAGAUGGGCGUGUGGCACAGUUAGAGCAAGUGUAUAUUCGGGGAAGCAAAAUUAGGUUUCUCAUCUUACCAGAUAUGUUGAAAAAUGCUCCAAUGUUGAAAAGCAUGAAGAACAAAAACCAAGGUUCUGGAGCAGGAAGAGGCAAAGCAGCUAUCCUCAAAGCCCAGGUGGCUGCAAGAGGAAGAGGACGUGGAAUGGGGCGUGGCAACAUUUUCCAGAAACGAAGAUAGGUUUGAAUUGUGUCUCCUUGGUAAACUAAAAGUUGUCAGAAAUUAAUUGCAUUGUGUGUUCCAAUAAAUUUUUUCUUAGAACAUG